ACAACAAACAGCGGCUGCAAGGUUUCUCAACAACUGUGCCCUGUGGAUCUCGGCUGGCUGGCUCAGGCAUGAACGGAGGGGAUGAUAUUUGUCCCCUGCAGCCUUCACCAGUAGGCGGGGGAUCCUGUUUCCUCUCAAGCAAGACCCCUUUGCAGGUGCCAGAGGGGACCCGUCCCCAAUCCAGCUCUCAGUCGCAUCCCCAGGACGCUCUGCCACCCCCCCACCAUGGAGUUUGCUGAGCUGAUCAAGACCACCAAGGUGGACGGCGUGGUCCUCUCGGGCCCAGGACUCCAGCCCAUCCGAGGGACGCUGGCCGUCACCAGCCAUCACUUGCUUUUUUCAUCCCAGACAGAAGGAAGUGGGGAGCACCAGAUGACUGAGUUGUGGCUUCUUAUUCGCAAUGUGGAUGCCAUUGAGAAAAGGCUUGCGAACACCUCUGGCACCAUUGCUCUCAGAUGCAAAGACCUGAAAAUUCUGCAGCUGGAAAUCCCUGGAAUGGAGGAGUGCCUGAACAUUGCCAGCUCCAUUGAGGCCCUUUCUUCUGUGGAAUCGGUGAUGAUGAUGUACCCCUUCUUCUACAGACCCCAAAACACGAAGCUGGGAACUGGGUGGCUGACAAACAUUACUGAACAGUAUUACAAGCAGAUUGCAUCUGAUACAGGGGCAUGGAGGCUGAGUUCUGUCAACACAGACUUUGGUGUCUGUCCCAGUUACCCGCCAGUUGUGAUCGUACCGGCAAGCGUGGACGACGGAGCCCUGCAGAAGACCGCCCGCUUCCGUCAGGGGAGGCGAUUCCCUGUCCUCAGCUACUAUCACAAAAAAAACGGGACGGUGAUGCUUCGCAGCAGCCAGCCCCUCGUGGGGCCCAACCGGAAACGCUGCCACGAGGAUGAGCUGCUCUUGAGCGCCGUCCUGGCGGGCGGGGAGCCCGGCUUCGUCCUCGACACCCGAUCGCUGCAGGCCGCCAAGCAGGCCCGGGUGAUGGGGGGUGGCCUGGAGCACCGGAGCUGCUACAGUGGCUGGAAGAGGCUGCACCGGGCUCUGGAGAGGGGCCGUCCCCUCCAGGAAAGCUUCAUCAAGCUGGUGGAAGCUUGCAACGACCCUUCUCCCCACAUGGACCGCUGGCUGAGCAGGCUGGAAGCCUCCAAGUGGCUGUCCCACGUCAAGGAAGCUUUGAGCACAGCCUGCCUGGCAGCCCAGUGCCUGGAAAGGGAGGAGGCCUGCGUCCUGGUGCACGGGGCCGAAGGGAAGGACGCCACCUUGCUGGUGACCGCUCUCGCCCAAGUUAUCCUGGACCCAGACUGCAGGACGCUGGCCGGCUUCCAGGGGCUGCUGGAGCGGGAAUGGAUACAGGCAGGGCACCCGUUCCACCUCCGCUGCGCCCGCUCCGCCUACUCCCACACUCGGCUCAAGCAGGAGGCGCCCACGUUUGUCCUCUUCCUUGACUGCGUCUGGCAACUCGGGCGCCAAUUCCCCUUAUCACUGGCAUUCAAUGAGCAUCUUCUGCUGGCACUCUUUGAGCAUUGCUAUGCCUCCCCCUACGGCACAUUCCUGUGCAACAACGAGAAGGAAAGGAAGUUCUGUGAGGUGAGGGAGAAGACCCACUCCCUCUGGCCCUGGAUAAAUCGUGUGGAGAAGUACCUGAAUCCCCUGUACACGUACAACCCCUUGGUCAUCUGGCCCUCCGUGGAACCACAGAGCGUGGUGCUCUGGCAAGGUUUAUUUCUCCGCUGGGUCCGUUCAUCCCACUAUUUCGAUGAAGCGUGGGCAGAAAUUCAGCAAAUAGCAAGGAACAGCCAAACCUACCCACAAUAGUUACACAGUGAAACGUGAAAGUAACUUGCAACGCCCCCUUUUCGGAUGCAGGAACCAAAGACCUGGUGAUAAAGGUCACCCCAAAACAGAAGAGCUGAAGACAGAGGGAGGGAUGCCAACACGGAGCCAAGGAGAGAGAUCCCAGCACUGAGCUCUUUAUCUGUGGCACUGCAAAAGCUGUUUAUGAACGCAUAGAUGUAUUUCCCACAGGGUGACCAGACUAGUUUUUUUAAUGGUUACAAAUAAAAUACAGCUCUUUGUAUCCAAGUUUUAGAUCAAGGAAAUCAAGAACGUAAGAUAGAUCUUCCUGGAAUUUGAUUGAGAGGGGUGGGUUCGCAUGACAAGCCAGACUAGGCUGAAAUAGGGUGGGUCCUGUGCAGUUCAGGGUUUUGUGGAAAUGUUGUGUGAACACAACUGUGUUUUGAUAACUCGGGUUUAGGGAUCAGCGAAUCCCGCCAAGAUCCACCUGGUCCCAUAGUUUCCUCUCCCUAACCCAGCCAGAUAUCCAGGGAGUGCCUUCUGACCAACCCGGCUGCAUAUGGGACAAGGAAAAUGAUGCUGAAACAUAAACUGUAAUAUGAGGCUUAACAUGUUUUUUUUCCAAAAGCAAAGUAGCCCCUUCUUUCCACAGAAAUACAUCAUGGUCCCCCCAAUUUUGGAUCCUUGCCCCACCUGCUGCCAUCCCAACCUCUCAGAGCAGACGUUAACCUCUUGUUGUCCCACCCCACCAGGGAGGAAGCCCCCAGCUGGGGCAGAAGAGCUCCACAUGAACCUGGUAACGAGAAAGUCAUCUGGACACUCCUGUGUAGCCACCCCAACUGGCAGCCGAUGGCUACGUCUGGACAAUAAAGUUGACCAGGUCCAAUGGAGAC